UCUGUGGUCGAUUAUCGGGGUUCUAUCCUGAUAGAUACAUUUGUACGACCAACACACUAUGUGCAGAGCAUGAGAUUCCUCGAAACAAACAUACAGCUUACCGAUGUUGCCAACGCUCCACCUUUCGAUGAAGUUCGAAAUCAAGUCGCAUCUCUUAUACAAAACAAGAUCAUCGUAGGACAUUCCAUUUGGAUGUUUUUGUCGAUCAUGGGUCUCUCGCACCCUGCGUUAGAAACCCGAGACCUAGCACUAUUUAGACCCUUUCGGCGAAAACUUUAUUCUUCGAAGAUAGUCGACCUCGCAACGUUGGUUCACGUCUACAUGGGUCGGAAGAUUGGGUUUGGUGUCGAAGACUCUCUGGAAAAAGCGAGAGCUUGCGUCGAUUUAUUUCGAUCUUGUGAAGUACAGUUUGAGAAUGUAGUCUACGCUGGAGCAUGGCCCUGUGAUUUACCUCCUACUUCUUAUUCUCAGUACUUUACUUGA